AUGAACACAGCAGAGUCUUUGAGAAUAGACAUCACUGUUGCACAAAACAAAAACAUUACCAUCAUACCAAUCUAUCGACCACCAAAGCUUAGCAUCAAACAGUUCCUAAAAGAAUUGGAUGAACACAUUAACAAUGUAAACAAAAAACACGAGCUGAUAGUUUUGGGAGAUAUUAACAUCGAUAUUAAAAAAAACAACACUACGACAAUUAACUACCUUGGAUUGCUCUCUUCGCACGGUCUGCAAUGUAUGAUCAAAGAGACAACAAGAGAAGACACAAAUAAAAGAACCAAUACAUGUAUAGAUCAUCUCUUUAUAAGAUGUAAUAGAAAAAGAGAAAGGGCAUAUGCAGCCAUAAUAAACACAGCAAUAGCCGAUCACUAUGCAAUAAUGGGAUGCUUGGAUCAUAUAAACGAAAAAAUUAAAAUAAGCAAAGGAGACAAUGCACAGGGUAAUACAAAAGUUAAACUUAAUAAUAGAAAAGUUAACCAAUUGGUUAAAGAUACAGACUGGAAAAUGAUAAUAGACCAAACAAACAACGCCAAUGACUUAUUUAACAAAAUUUAUACGAAAUUCGAAGAAAUAUAUAAAAAGUGCGAAUACACUGUAAAAAACCAAAUUAAAAAACGAAAUCCGCAUCCGUGGUUAAACAACGAAAUACUUAAAUGUUGCGAAAUACGGGAUAAAUUACACAAAAAAUGGUUGAAGAACAAAAACAACAAAAGUAAUGAAAAGAUAUAUAAAACCUUCAAUAAUAAACUAAAUAAAAUGAUAAUCUAUUCAAAAAAUCAAUACAAUUACAAUCAAUUUUUGCAAAAUAAAAACAACAUACGCGGAACAUGGCAAAUUAUAAAUAAAAUAACAGGUAAAAAAAUUCAAAAUAUAGAUGAAACUAUUAAGAAAAAUUUUUCAACCGAAAAUACUAAAGAACUAACAGAAGAAUUUGCCACUACACUUGAAAAAAAUGUGAAUAAAAUAAUUCACAUUUGCCCUAUAAAAACCAGCCCAAGUCUAAGUACCAGCUUAAGCAAUACCAUAUUCGUUGAAGAAGCCAGCGAAGAAGAGGUUUAUAAUAUAUUGAAAACACUAAACGAAAGGAAAAGUGCAGGGAUUGAUAGCGUGAGGGCUGUGGAUUUAAAAGCAGGUGCGGGAUAUCUCACACCAAUUAUUACCGAAUUCAUAAACAGAAGCCUUAAUAACUCAAUUGUUCCCGAUCUCUUAAAAACUUCAAUAGUACGGCCAAUAUACAAGAACGGUAGUAAAGCUGACUUUAACAACUAUAGACCUAUUUCUAUUCUAUCUGUUAUAGAAAAGGUAUUAGAAGAAAUCAUGAUUUUAGCAAAGCAUUCGACACCCUGUCACAUACCCAGCUACUGA